AUGAGCAACACGCAUUCCAUGCACGAAAUCUUUUAUUUCGAACCGUCGGACAAAUAUAACGAAUCUAUUUCGAUCUAUCUAUCUAUCUAUCUAUCUCCCUCUCUUCACCUAUCUCCCUCUCUUCACCUCUCUAUCUAUCUACCUAUCUAUCUCCCUCUCUUCACCUAUCUAUCUAUCUAUCUCCCUCUCUUCACCUAUCUAUCUAUCUAUCUAUCUAUCUAUCUAUCUAUCUAUCUAUCUAUCCAUCUCCCUCUCUUCACCUAUCUAUCUAUCUAUCUAUCUAUCUAUCUAUCUAUCUAUCUAUCUAUCUCUUCCAAACAUAAAAAGACCCACUUUUUCAUUCUAACAAGCUUACAUACUCAUAGGACUGAACUUGAUCUCUCUCUCUCUCUCUCUCUCUCUCUCUCUCUCUCUCUCUCUCUCUCUCUGGAAACUAAUCAGUGCUUUGUUGGACGCGGGGUGGGAUCUGCUUUCCUUCUACUCUUUCAAGAUAAUCGCUCUGAGUCUGUCCACACCUUUUCUCCAUCCCACUUGACUCAUGGGAUAAAAAUGAAGAACAGGUCAUUUUUUUUACUUUCUUUCUACCGCGCACACCUCCACACACAUAUUCUCUCUCUCUCUCUCUCUCACACACACACUCUCUCUCUCUUUCUCUCUCCCACUUUCUCCCUCUCUCUCUCUACCCCUCUCUCUCUACCCCCCUCUCUCUCUCUAUCUCUUUGCUCAAAAGUCCGCAGUGCGUUUCAAUUGCAUGUAGCUAAUUCAUUAUAA